AUGUCGAUGAAACGGAUCGCCGAACACAAUAAGAAGAUGAAGAUUACUCAGAAAGCAAUAGACUUGCUAAACGAGGCGCUUAAGAGCAAUGCAGAAUCUGAGAAAUACUUCCUGGAGAGGGCUGCCAUUCUCGGUAAAUUUGCAAGCAAUCUUGAGUCUGAAGGAGUAGACGAACACGAACCCUGUAUGACCAAGCUCCAUGCAGUUAUUUCAUCGUAUCUGCAAAGUAAGGGAAGUUUCGAAGAAAUUGCUAAAGAGUUCGCAGAUAUGCAACCGCCUAUACUUGAAGAGAUUUUUUUGCUCCAAAGUCUUAAGAAAAACGCGAUUGAAGCAUUCCAGGAUGGAGGAGCCCUCACCACCAAGAAAAAGACGAGGCUUUUUGCUUGUUUCUUGUAG